CCUUGGUAUUUUUAUGAGAAAUGUAAUGAUUUCAACUUCAACAGAGGGUUUACCACAUUCAAAUACCAAUAUGGAACUUGCCCUAUCUGCAACCAAGAAGCUUUACACGAAUGCUGUGUUUCAUGUAAACAGAACAUAGAGUAUUGUAAAUGUAUCUAUCGAUGUGCGUUAGCAUAUCCAUCUACCUUCUCACCAGAUGGAAGCGUUGCAACAUGGGCAAAGUGUCCAUUUUACUGUGCUGAAUAUGACAAAAAAACAUUUAACGAGCAUUUGACAAGUUGCCAGGGCAUGAUCACAGAAAAACUCAGAAUCAUAUUCUUAAAGAUCGAG